AUGAGGAUCAGUUGCUCAUGCCUGAACAAAUCGCUCGUGUCGACUGCUAUCCCGUCUGAUAUCAUCGAGCGUGCUGGAACCAAUCUGCCCGGCAUCCCGCAUAAAUACCGUGUUUGCCGUGCGUAUCGCCAAUGGCUCAAACUAGCUGUUUUGUGUCCUCAUUCUCUCCUUUGUGAGCUUAAUGAACAUGCGCAAAUGAAUGAACGGUUUGUCAUAAUCGUCCGGCAGAAGUUUCGCGAGGGUGAAGAGCUACGAGACCCGGAGGAAAUAGCCGUUGCCGUCCAAAGCUGUGAGAGAAGCCUCGCAAUGUUUCGCUUUUUGGCAGCGGAUGGCGCUCGCCGCCGGUUCCCGGAGGCAAAGCCGAGGUUGAACUUGCACAAGAUGGGAUUCAUGGAGAUGGCGAAAAUUAAUUACACGCAGAUGGCGAAAGAGUAUUGGAACACCUACAUUAUGCGGCGAUGGUAG